AUGAAUUAUUUCAACGCGUCUGAAUAUUUUGUUAAUAACAAUAGACCAAAUGAAUUGACAUCAAAUACAUCAACUAAUACAAAUACAAAUCAAACUACUGAUGAAACUACUGUUCCAACAACUAAUCAAGAUGAAUCUACUUUUCAGACUUCUCAAUUGGGUACAAAUUUACAAUCAAAUACUACACGAGAUCCAAUACAAUUAAAUUCACAACAACAACAACAACAACAACAACAACAAUAUAAUCGAAGAACUAAUCAACUUUUGCAUCAACAACGUCAACAUCAACGUCAAUCUAGUAUUCAUGAUUCUAGUAUUAACACAACCACCGCAGAAAAUGAAGUAGCACAACAGAGUGUAGCAUUACAUUUAGCUCAACAACAUCAACAUCAAUUGCAUAAUCAACAACAACAACAACAACAACAUUCUCAAUUAAGAACGAAUGAAUCAAAUCUCCUACCUCAAUUACGAAGUCAACAAAAUCCACAGUUAACUUCAUCAUCAUCAUCAUUAAAUUUACAUCAAGGUAGUCAAUUACAAUUAAGACCACUAACAAAUCAAUCAAUUGAAUCACAAUCAUCAACAACAGAUAUCAUAAAAAAAGUAAGAGUAAAUAAACCAGGUAAAAAAUUUGGAGCAAAAAGAAGAUCAUGGGUAUGGCAAUUUUUUAUAAAUCCAAAUUCAAAUGAAACAAAUUUUGCAGAAUGUCAAAUUUGUAAAAAAAUGAUUCAAAGAUUACCUUCUGAUAAAGGUUCACCUAAGAAAUUAAGUGAACAUUUAAAAACUCAUAAAAUUACAAAAGAAAGUGUAUUACUGCAACAGCAGCAACAACAACUGCUGCUGCAACAACAACAACAACAACAUCAAGAACAAUCUACUGAUGAAGAUGAAUCAAUUGAACCUACAUUAUCAACCAGUAAAAAAUUACAAAAACAAAAACAUAACCUCGAAGAAGAAGAAGAUAUAGUCUCUAAAGAAGAAUUUAAAAAAUUUGAAAAAUUACCAUAUUCAUCAAUAAAAUUUCAUAAACAUGUUAUGCAAUUUUUAAUGGAAAAUAAAUUACCGAUAAGUAUUAUAAAUUCAAAAAGUUUUAAACAAAUUAUAUUUGAUUUAAAACCAAAUGCUGUUUUAGAUAUUAAUGAAUUAACUCAAUUAUAUGGUUCAUUAUUGGAAGUAAGUAGAUUUGGUAGAAGUAGUAGUAUUACUGGUGGGAGUGGAGAUGUUGAGGGUAUUAGUGGUAGUAUUGGUGGUAGUGGUAUUGGUAGUGGUGGUAAUAUUGGUGGUGAUAGAGGAGAUACUACUAUUACUUAUGAUGAUUCAAGUGGAAGUUUUUCAAGUUCUAAUCAAUCAUCAUCAAAACGAAAAUAA